AUGACGCUAUCGGUUCCAACAUUUCCAGAAAUUGACAGAACUAAAAUACGGAGGAAAAGUCGUAAGAUGAGUUUAGGUGCGCAGCCGUUGCUGACUAAAAAUUCCUUCUGCAAGCGUUCUUCAUCUAUUGCUGAUGCGUUUUCUGAAAGUUUUCGCACAAUGGCAGCAAUGGCAGGAAGACGUCAAUCAACAUCUUUACCACGGAAAACAAUAAAAAAGUUAAAAAAAUCGAGGCUAAUAGCCAAAAACGGGAUUUGUAAUGUUUAUAAUACAAAUGUCCCUAAAAAGGAUCGGCAAUAUCUAAGAGAUAUAUUCACAACAAUGAUUGAUGUCAAAUGGCGAUAUAUGCUUGUUAUAUUUGCUAUUGUUUUCAUAAGUAGCUGGACAAUGUUUGCAAGUUUUUACUAUGUUAUCAGUGUUCUACACGGUGAUAUACGUUAUCACUUGAAGCGUAAUAUGUUGAAUCAUUCAGUUUGUAUCGAAAAUAUCGACUCCUUCUUUUCAUCAUUCCUGUUUGCUGUUGAAACACAUCAUACCAUUGGCUAUGGACAUAGGUACAUUACAACGGAAUGCCCUGUUGCCGGUGCAGUAAUAUGUUUGCAGUGUAUCUGCGGUCUUUUGAUUCAAAGUUUUAUGGUUGGUCUUGUAUUUGCAAAAAUGGCACGACCGAAAAAAAGAGCUGAAACCAUCAUUUUCAGCGAAAAAGCAGUAAUUUGUUUACGAGACGGUCAAUUUUGCUUUUUGUGUCGAGUUGGUGAUAUGCGUAACACUCAUUUGGUAGAAGCUCAUGUGAGGCUACAAUUCAUCACUGAUCGUGAGACUGCCGAGGGAGAGAUCGAACCGCUGCAUCAGUAUGAAAUGAAAGUGGGUCCUAGCACGACAGAUGACGAUCGUAUCUUCUUGGUAUGGCCGACCACUCUGUGCCAUGUAAUUGAUCGUGACAGUCCACUGUACGAGUAUGAUUCCAAUGUGCUAUUGAGUGCUCAGUUCGAAAUUAUAGUUCUGCUGGAAGGAAUUGUUGAGUCAACAGGAAUGACUGCUCAAGCACGUACAUCCUAUUUACCCAGCGAAAUUCUCUGGGGACACAGGUUCAAAAAGUUGGUAACUUACCAGCGCAGCAAUGGAUCAUAUCAAAUCGAUUAUGGUAUAUUUCAUAGUACCUAUGAAGUGAAAACUCCAACAUGUAGUGCUAGCCAGUUCCAUGAGCAUCAUCUUAAGAAUUCAGAAUUCAUUGAGCAUGAUAAACGGAUCGAACAUCCAUCAGAAGAUGCGCUCUCAACCGAAUCAACGCCAACACCUUUACCAUCACCUUACCUCACUGCAAAUAAGAAUUCAGAAUUCAUUGAGCAUGAUAAACGGAUCGAACAUCCAUCAGAAGAUGCGCUCUCAACCGAAUCAACGCCAACACCUUUACCAUCACCUUACCUCACUGCAAAUGAAUAUAUACAGUCAUCAGCUCCAACAAUUAUUGUGCAGUGCCCUUCAAGUUGUAACUCACCGGGCCAUCCAUCAGAUUCAAUGUUACAAUGCAAAUGUGACAGUAAUAAAUCUUCAUCAAUAUUGUCAUCAACCAUUACAAGCAGUUAUCCGGAUUUGCUAACACAUCCCAGUACAACCUUAUCUGGUUUGGAAGAAAAAAGUAAAAACUGUGAUUUCUCGACAGUAAUUUAG